AGUGUACGUUCGAACCCUGGGCCGCUGACUGACGAGCCCCUCAUACUAACCACUGUGGGCACUGUCCCCCGUUGAGUACUGGAUUAACGACAAUGGGGAUAGUCCCCAAGCGCCCGCAGCUCAGGCCCAUUGCCCCUGCCCGCGACAUCCUCCCGCCCGCGCACCGCAGCCCGGAGGGAGCCCAGCGUGUGCGGCGGGUCUGAGGGAAGCCGCCGCCGGAGGCGAGGGCAGGAUUCCGGACCCGGAACUGCAGGACAGAGGCUGGCCAGCUGCCCGCGUCCCGGACACCGCCGAACCAGACGGCCCGUGCGGGGGCGACGCAGAGCGACUGGGAGGCAGGAGCCCAGGGCGGCGCGACGGCGGGGUCUGCCGCGCCGCGCCCGCUCGGAGGCCCGGAGAGUCGGCGGCCACCGGGGCCCCUGGGACCUUCGCGACCCGGGCCUGCGCGGCGGGGAGGGCUGCGAGGGACGACCAGGCGGGCGGGGGCGGCGGGAGCCGCGUGGGGCCGGAGCAGGAGCAGGAGACGGACAGGCAGCCCGCCGGGCAGCCCUCGGCCGGCGGCCAUGGCGGCCAUGGCGGCGACGCUCCGGGCGCCGGAGACGACGCGGCGCUUGUUGGCGGCGCUGUGGAGCCAGAGCCCGAAGCUCGUGGCCAUGUCAGCAGAUGCUCACUGGUUGACAGCAGAGGAGAGGAACCAAGUUAUACAAGACCUUAAAGCAGCAGGAUGGUCAGAAUUAAGUGAGAGAGAUGCCAUCUACAAAGAGUUCUCCUUCAAAAAUUUUAAUCAGGCAUUUGGCUUUAUGUCCCGAGUUGCCUUACAAGCAGAGAAGAUGAAUCAUCACCCAGAAUGGUUCAAUGUGUACAACAAGGUCCAGAUAACUCUCACUUCGCAUGACUGUGGUGGACUGACCAAAAGAGACGUGAAGUUGGCCAAGUUUAUUGAAAAGGCAGCUGCUUCUAUGUGAUUUCUCUCAAAAUGCAUGUAAAAUCUUAGACACAUCUUAGCUGCAAUGAAGGCAAUUUGCUUGAACAAAUUAGGUUGUAAAUUUAGUUCAUUCGCUUUUAUAUGCUACAUAUUGUAAAAUCAGUGCUUAAAUACAAAAAUGAUUUAAACUUGA